GAGCACUGAUUCUGCCCAUGUGCUUGCUCUCCUGAAGGCAAAGGAGCUCCAUGAAAUGGACGCCACAUCCAGUCGCGUCUGGAUCCUCACCAGUACGCUCUCAACGAGUAAAGUUGUGAUUAUUGAUGCCAAUCAGCCUGGCACAGUGGUGGACCAGUUCACUGUCUGCAAUGCUCAUGUGCUCUGCAUCUCCAGUAUCCCUGCGGCCAGUGAGAGUGAUUAUCCUCCAGGCGAGAUCUUCCUGGAGGGAGAUGUAAAUCCCGAGGAGUCGUCUGGAACAGAUGGUGUCUUGGCAGGGAUCACUCUGGUGGGCUGUGCGACCCGCUGCAACGUGCCGCGAAGCAACUGCUCCUCGCGCGGGGACACGCCUGUGCUGGACAAGGGACAGAGUGAGGUGGCUGCUGUUUGCAAUGGGAAGAUCAACCAGUCCCAGUCUACAGAGGAGGCAACAGAAGCUAUGGAGGUACCAGAGAACGGUACCAGUGAGGCAGAGCCUGCUGAGGCCCAGCCUGGGCCCCUCACAGAGCAUGUGUUCACAGAUCCAGUCCCUGCACAGGCUCCUCUUAGGCAGAACGGGGAGAAUGGGCAGCUGAAGACAGAGUCAAGCACAACACUGCCAGACCAGGAGUUGAAUGGGGAUGCUGCUGGAACUUGCACCAGCGCUGCCCCCACCAUGUGGCUGGGAGCACAGAAUGGAUGGCUUUAUGUGCACUCGGCUGUAUCCAACUGGAAGAAGUGUCUGCACUCGAUAAAGCUGAAGGACUCUGUUCUGAGCCUAGUGCAUGUGAAAGGGAGGGUUCUCGUGGCUCUGGCAGAUGGAACACUAGCCAUAUUCCACCGGGGAGAAGAUGGUCAGUGGGAUCUCAGUAAUUACCACCUAAUGGACCUCGGGCACACUCACCAUUCCAUCCGCUGCAUGGCUGUUGUGUAUGAUAGAGUCUGGUGUGGGUACAAGAACAAAAUCCAUGUUAUCCAACCUAAGACAAUGCAGAUUGAGAAAUCCUUUGACGCCCACCCUCGGCGGGAGAGUCAGGUGCGGCAGCUGGCAUGGAUUGGGGAUGGAGUGUGGGUGUCCAUCCGCCUGGACUCCACGCUGAGGCUUUACCAUGCCCACAGCCAUCAACAUCUGCAAGACGUCGACAUUGAGCCUUACGUCAGCAAGAUGCUAGGCACUGGGAAGCUUGGCUUCUCCUUCGUGAGGAUCACAGCCCUGCUCAUUGCUGGCAACCGCCUCUGGGUGGGGACGGGGAACGGCGUCGUCAUCUCCAUCCCA